GUGCGCGGGUACCGGCUGGCGCUUCCGGCCCCGGCCGAAGUGCAGGUCGCCUCCAGAGGUCCCUGGCGCGAGGUAUUCUGGGGCUUCAGCCGGGCGCUGUCGCAGUCUCCCGGGACCGCGUGGGUUACCCGGGAGAUCCUGUGCCUUCAAACCCUGCGAGCCCAUACUUUAAAAUAAAAUGAAGAAAUUAAGGCUUAAGGAACUAGAGAGUCGCCUGCAACAAGUGGAUGGAUUUGAAAAGCCCAAGCUGCUUCUAGAACAGUAUCCCACCAGGCCGCACAUUGCAGCAUGUAUGCUGUAUACAAUCCAUAACACUUACGAUGACAUUGAAAAUAAAGUCGUUGCCGAUCUAGGAUGUGGUUGUGGAGUACUUAGCAUCGGAAGUGCAAUGUUAGGAGCAGGGUUGUGUGUUGGAUUUGACAUAGAUGAAGAUGCAUUGGAAAUAUUUAACAGGAAUGUGGAAGAGUUUGAGUUAACAAAUAUUGACAUGAUUCAAUGUGAUGUGUGCUUAUUAUCUAACAGAAUGUCUAAGUCUUUUGAUACAGUAAUUAUGAAUCCUCCCUUUGGGACCAAAAAUAAUAAAGGGACAGAUAUGACUUUUCUAAAGACUGCUCUGGAAAUGGCAAGAACAGCAGUAUAUUCUUUACACAAAUCCUCAACUAGAGAACAUAUUCAAAAGAAAGCUGCAGAAUGGAAAAUCAAGAUAGAUAUUAUUGCAGAGCUUCGAUAUGACCUGCCGGCAUCAUACAAGUUUCACAAAAAGAAAUCAGUGGACAUUGAAGUGGACCUAAUUCGGUUUUCCUUUUAAAAGCCCCCACAAACAAAAGUAGUUUAAAACCUAUUUAAAAUGAAUAAAAAAUUGGUUUACUAAA